AUGUGUGCCUCCAUUGCCCGACAUUGGCGUCAACAUCUUCUACCUGAUCGCUGGUGGCGACUCCUUUGGUCUACCGAGCUGGUGGAGGACCCUGGUGUGAAAUCUGUACAUGCUGCCGAAGUUGAACCUCCUGCCGAAGUUGGUGAACUUCCUGAUGAUGACAAAUCGAUUGAGCCAGAGCCAAGCAUUCUGGAAGAUGAUCCAGAAGCCCCUCAACCUUCAGCACAAGAACUUGAGAAGUGGAAGGCUCAACUUCAUCGACUACACCGUGCAGCAGGUCAUCCAUCCAAGCGCAAUUUGGUGCGCAUGACUCAGGACGCUCAACUGCCUGAGUGGAAGAUUCGUGCAGCAAAAGACUUCUCAUGCCCAAUUUGUCAAGAACUUCAACCUGGUGGACUUUCUUCGAAGCAGAUCCCACCGUCUUCUAUGCAUCCACUUCCAGCUGCGUGGGAACAGAUUGGAGUGGACAUCGCAGAAUGGACAGUGCCAACUCAGGACCUGAAGGUCAAAUUUAUCCUCUUCAUCGACCUUGCCACAAAGUUUCGAGUCACUGAAACCUUGUUUACAUACAAACAUGGAGAAUAUCAAACUGAAACUGCAGACCAGGUCAUUCGUGCCCUGAUGCUGAGGUGGUUGGUCGACAAACCCCGACCUCGCUAUGUGGUCUUUGACAAUGCCAACACGAUGACUUCUGCCAUCCAACCCUACUUUCCACCAGAAGGUGAAUCCUGGGCUCAUGGGAUCACAGAGCGAGGAAUUGGACAAGUCAAAGAAACAGCUUCUCUUCUACAACAAUCGCUACCUGAUCAAGACCCAGUGCUGACCCUUGCGAUGGCAACUUGUGCCCUGAACAACACCGAGUUCACGAAGGGUUUUACCAGCAUUCAAUGGGCCUACGGCCAACAGAACCAAGUUGGUGAUGAUGAUCUACGGCAACAACUUUCGCUUCCAGUGGAUCGCCUGCAGAAUGAGUUCGUGCGAUUGAUGGCUCAACGUGAACUUGCAGAAGAAUGUGCCCGAAAAUCUCGAGCCAAGGUCGCCCUCUCCAAGCUGAAGAACUCAUCGAUUCGACAGCCACUGAGGACCUUCUCUAUGGCUCAGCCGGUCUUCAUCUGGAGGAAGUUUCUGCCUCACACGAUCUAUGCUGGACGCAAAGGUGGACAUCGUCACACAGCCAAACCACGAUGGGUUGGUCCUGGACGAGUCGUCUUUCACGAGCUGACUCCAGGACAACAUGCAGAAGAUCGAAAACAUGUGUUGUGGGUGAUUCUGGGAAACCGUAUCUACAAGACCUCUGUGCACUCUGUGCGGCCCCUUUCAGAGCGAGAGAAAGAGAUCUUUGAAGCACAAGGAGAUGAGUCGCAUGUCUGGAAGCAGCUCAGCGACAUGAUCCCCAAGCGUGAGUUCAUUGACAUCACUGGUGAGGAGCCUACAGAGGAUGAGAGAGAAGAACUUCCUUUGCCCGAGGCACCGAAUGUGGAGACCUUCAUCAAGCCUCGAGUACGUUUUCCCGGGAAGUUUCCGAUCACUUCAGGUGGCAUUCCUUCUCUUCCUGAACUUCCUGCUGGCGCAAUUGGAGCACUGCCGAGCUCUUUGCCCAUGCCGAGUUCCUCAGCCUUGCCGAGCUCUUUGUCUCUGCCGAGAUCUUCAGAGGAGACGGUCAAUGCGUAUGACAACGUCCCUGACCCCUCCAAGAUGACUGAGGACGAGUUGGAGCGAGAAUUUGGAGGAGAAGCAAAGAAACCAAAGAUGACAUCACAUCGCCGAGAUUCAACAAACUCGAAAACACCUCUUCUGGAUCGACCUGAAGGACCACAAGAUGAGAUCCUCAUUGAGGACGAUCAACCAGUACCAGAACCAGAACAGAAGAAGGCCAAGUACGAUGAGGAUGAGAAAUCUGAUGAUGACAAAGAUGGACUGGCCUUGGAUCUUUCUACAGCUCAGAUCUGGAAGCUCAAGUACGACCCUGGCUUCAUUCUGAGUGAAAAGAAAGCCCGAAAGACGGGGCAUCAAGCUGUUCAGCAAAUGCGACAGCUGCAGGCUUUGCAACCUUUUGACUUGAGUCUCUGGCCCAGACGUGAAAAGACUGUUUGCCCUCAGGUGUGGCAUUUGGGUUUUGCCUAG